UGGCGUUGCGGCCUAGUCUGGGAAAGAAGAAGAAGAACAGGGAGAGGGAGGCCGCGGGCGGCGACGGCGGCUGCAGUAAUGGCGGGCGGCCGAGGCGGAGAGCCCUCCAAUUAUCUGGCGCGCCUCUCUGAGUGGGCAGACGCCCACCUCGCCCUCCUCAGGAAUAUCAGCACUGGAAUGGCAAUAGCCGGAGUGAUUUUACUUGCAAAGAGUGUUAAACUGACAGCCAAAUUCACAAAUGCCUUGGAAAUACCCUUGGAAUUUAUAGAAAAAAAUGUUAAACUCCGUGGACGGUUACACCGAAUAACUGAUCAAGGAUUUGAAAUUGAGCAUGUCCCCAUCACCCUUCCAAUUAUUUCAUCUUUGCAGAAGAGAUGGCAUUCAGAUGGAUUGUUACUGGUCAGACUUGCUGGCGUGGAAUUAGUACCAGGUGGCACAGUCUGGUUAAAAGACGAAGUAAAAUCCUCACAAAUGAUGUGGUUCCAACUUCUGGGAAGAAAGGAUUCAGUGCUUCAUUGCCUUGUGGUAGUCAGUAAGGGUAGAUUUUCCAGUGUCUGUCUGAAUGAAGAAGUCUUGAAACAAGGGCUUGGCAAGACAGUUAAUAUUGAAGGACUAGCACAUGAAUCCAAGAUAUACUGGAAGCUUCACAAAAGGCUGCUUCAAGCUGAAUUGAAAGCUGUCAAGAAACAUAAAGGAAUUUGGAAAGAGGAAACAUUUGUUGAGAAACUUAAAGAGCAUAUUACCAAUAAUAAAUAUAUACAAAAGUUGAAACAGUUUGCAACAUGGCUAAGAAUCCGCCUCUGAAAGCACUGGGAUUUGUUGGGGGGAAAAACAACAGAUGGAACAGGAUGCAGUGUUAUAUUCUUUCUGUCAGGAUAAUAUUACAAAAUGCCUGGCCUUCUGUUGGUGGCUCCUGCCUUAAGGGACGAAAAUGAAAAAACACAGAAUUUUUUCUUGAGGAGAUCAAUGCAUAUAAGUAGAUACUGGUAUAAGUUGAAUAUAUAUUUUAUUUUAAAAAUGAAGAAUCCAACCUAGGGUGCAUAACUGUCCAGCACAAGAAGAAAAUGUAACAAUAACUGAACAGACAGUGAUGUGAAAGUGCUGAUAUCUGUUACCUAGAUACCUGUUAGCAUGUGGAUGUGAUUUACAGAAGUCAGUUCUAUGUUAACCAUGGGGCAUCUGGAUAUGAGAGCAGAGAGAACAAUAUACCUUUUCCCAGUGAAGUUUUUAUUGUAUAUUACACUUCAUUCAGUAUAUUGUAGCCAGAGUUGUUAAGUCAGCUAAUGAUGACUUCUGUCUACAUCAGCCUGUAGCAAGAUGUAAACCUCAUGCUGCCAUCAGGUUCUAAAUGUAUCUCACCUGGGCAAGUGUUUUUCCUAGUGCAAUUAAAUGCAUGCCAGCAGCAUGAAGAUGGCAGCCUUACCAUAGUAGUAGGAUAAUUUGGUUGCCUAAAACCCAUCCUACAAUUUCUCUUGAGUUUUACUUCUGUACUCUCUGUCCUAUGGGAAUCACAAGUUCUUAUCACUGUAAACAUCACAGUACUUUCACUGCUUGAUAUACUGUAUUGAACUGCCUAUUAUGCAUCUGUUUUAAUCCAGAAAAAAAUGGAAAUGAUACCAACCCAAGUGUAUACUUACAUUGAGCAUGUGUUUAUAAUAAUAAUAAAUUUUUUUUAUUUCUA